AGUCAGUGUUGCAUCGUCGUUCGUCAUAUUGUGGGCAUUGUGGCUGAGACACACAUACAAAUUGCUAUGUUUCUGUUCUACGGAUUUCUACGGAUUUUUGAAGCGCCCUCUACGGAAAUAUUUAGUUUUGGAGUUAACAACACUGGGUUAUGUUGAGUCUGAGUGAGUCGCCGAACAACGUUAAGUACCCCUUGCUCUAAAGCAAGAUUAUUUUGUGAGUAAUGGAAUUUAAAGUUAAGGAAGAGUUUUUUGAAUAUGACCAUAGUUUAGACAAUGAAGAUGUGAUUCUACCUUCAUCAUCUAAGGACCAAAGAUAUGUAAACAAUCAGCUAUCUAUAUCCAUCGAUCUUGAAGACUUAAAGAAUGAGCCAGAGGAAGAAAAGUCAGCUAUGGAAGUAAAAAUUGAAACUGAAGAGUUUUUUGAAGGCGUCCAAAAAACUACAGAAAACCAACUAUCCACAGCUCUAGAUCUUGCAGAUUUCAAGAAUGAAUCACAUGAAGACAACUCAGAUUUUUCCCAGAAAAACAGUGAGGAAAUUAUGGAAGGAAUACCUGACCACUUAUGUAAUAAAAAAGAAGAAAUAAGUCUAUACUCUGAAGAGACAACUUUAAAAAAUUUAGCUUUUUCUAAAUCCUACAAGUGUGACAUUUGUUAUAAGCAGUUUUCUCUCAAAAGUAAUAUGAACAGACAUAUGAGAGUGCACUCUGGAGAAAAACCUUACAAGUGUGAAAUUUGUUUUAAGCCGUUUUCUCAGAAAGAUCAUAUUAAAUCUCAUAUGAGAUUGCACACUGACGAAACUCCUUACAAGUGUGAAAUUUGUUUUCAGCAGUUUACUUACUCUAUUAGUUUGAAAAGACAUUUGAGAGUGCACACUGGAGAAACACCUUAUAAAUGUGAAAUAUGUUUUAAGCAUCUUACUGAAGCAAGUACUUUAAGAAAACAUAUGAGAAUUCACACCGGAGAAAAACCUUACAAGUGUGAAAUUUGUUUAAAGCAGUUUAUUGAAUCAACUGCAUUAAAACUACAUUUUAGAAUUCACACAGGAGAAAAACCUUUUAAGUGUGAAAUUUGUUUUAAGCAUUUUCAACGAAAGCCAUAUUUAAAGAAACAUAUGAGAGAGCAUACUGGAUAAAACCUGAUAAAUGUGAAAUUGGUUGUAAACAGUUUACUCAAAUAAGUACUUUAAGUGUGUUUUAAGAAGUUUUCUCAUAAAAAUUCAUUAAAUAAACAUAUGAAAAUUCACACUUGAGAAAACCCUUACAAUUAUAGAUAAUGCCUUCUACUACAAUGUAGAGAUGGAUCCUAGCCCAAAUUUUUCAUGGAAAAAAGCAACCAUGCAUCAAUGACUAAUAGAACGAGAUAUUUCAUUUCACCCAUGCUUUAAAAGUUGAAUUGUAUGCAUUUAUUAUUAAAAACCAUAAACUUAUAAAAGAUAUAUUGUUGACUUGUUUGUAGUGGAACUUGACAUUUUGACAUUGCAUAUACCACCUUACUACCCAGAGCUGAACCCCAUUGCAACAAUAUGGACACCAGUAAAUAAUAAAGUAGCAGCCUGUAAUGUCUUAUUCAAAUUAGAGCACAUUAUGGAUCAGGUGCAAAAUUUAAUAAUUGAUAUUUGAGAAGAUACCAGUGAGAGUGAAUCAGAACUG